GAAUAGUGGGCAGACAGGCAAACGGGGGAAACGAUCGAAAAAUCAGCACCCACCUCAGACGAAGCCCAAAGUCAUUCGAAAAGGGUUAUGAGCUGACAGUGGACCACAUCUCAUAGUUUGUUUCUCACUUCUGCAUGUCCAGACACACCACCCAAAACACCGGAUCAACUUCGGAAGCUCUUCUCAUUUCCUGUCCACUCUUAAUGGGUCCCAUCUUGAAAGUCAAGAAGAAUGUGUGCGAGUGAAAGAAGGAGCGGAAUAAAACAGGACUUCAAUCGAUUGCGUUGUUUUACACUUGAAGAAUCUUCGUCUGAAGAGGAGGAAGUUCUUAGCACGGAUAUAUGAGGAAUCAACGAUCUCUAAUAAAUGUAUUCAAGGCACGGAAUCUCUUCGUCCCUCUACUACCUCGCCCCAAGACGUCCUUUGUGUAAAGACCUGUCGUAAGUCAUCUCUACGCACCGAGAUCGAAAUUGACUUUGUCUUUUUUCACCCGUGACUCAAAGAGAGUGAGUGCACACACCAAAGCAGUACUGACUAUUAUUCAAAAUGCAUCAUUGAUUCCAAGAUCUGUGAGAGACAAUCCCGGAAUUCCAAACCCGCCUGCACCCCCCGUGAGGCGUGAAGAAGGAGAGCAAAAGAAGUGGAAGUGUUUUGAUCAUAAAUCCCGAAUUCGAGUCGUGCUAUGGCUCUUGUUGGAAUGGUGUGUUAUUUUGGCAUUUAAGGGUUUUAUGCAGGCUGAAUCAUCCUCGCAAAAAAACGUGUUCAACUAGCCCUCGUCAAGCUAACAUGAGCUGCGGGUUUUAUCAUCACUCAUGAAAAAACGAGUGUUCAAUUGAUCUCCCCCUCGCCAACCAUAAAGAAUUUCUUUUGUGCAGUUGCACUAAUAAUAUCGCCUGAAUCCACGAUACGAAUUCUCCAACUUCCAUCAUCAGAGUCUCCAACUCACUCACUCACUCUCUCUCCGUGAUCCAGUCAGCUGGAAGUGCUCGACACAUUUUUUUCCUCCGAGUUGUCGGAAGUGGCGUCGGACAUUUUUAAUUGAAUUCAUGUGCAACAUGUGUUGGGUACAAUUAUUGGAAGAGACUUCAUUUUCUGGCUGAGCUAGCUCUCCUUCAGUGAGAACUGGUCGACUCGAGUCGAUCGAUAGUUGAAGUGAACCCGUGAGUUGAAGUGAAUCUCAGCGAUUGUGACGAACGAGAUCGGGCCCCUUGUCCUAAGUCCUAACUGAUCCCCAGAGAAAACAUCUCGAAAUUCCAGAUCUUCAGUUUUGAACUUGUGUUUUAGACACAGCUUGUUGCGACUGAAGCUAAAUCAUAAACGAGCUACAUCAAGGGGACAACAUUUCUGACACACACGCAUGCAAGCCAGCAAGCCAGUUCAGUCAGUUCAGUCAGAGGAGAGAAAGAUAGAGAGAGAGAGAGAGGAGGGGGAAAACUCCCGAUUUGAGAGAGGGGCCACGGUGGAUCCAUAAAUCUUCCCUCUGUGAAUGUUGGAACGCUACUGAAUUGAGUGUGAUAGUUUUGUAUCGACCCUAGUGGCUUCAACCAUGAAGCGGAGCAACAUGUGGGCCUCGGUCUGUGUGGCGAUCCUGUGGUGUUCGACCAUUUCCAAAUCCCUCUCACAGACCAACGUUGGAGAUCGACAACUCCACCGUCGCUAUAUCGAGUUCGAUCCUCCCGAGAUUCUACCUGAAGAUGGUCACCAGACCGUGAAGGCUGGUAGUGAAUACAGUGUGCGUUGCCAGGGCAAACGUCAAGGGGUGUCAUGGCGACUUCCGGUGGAUGCUCGGGAUGACCUCCGGGACAGGGUCAAUCUGUCUCACAAGGAAGAGAUCAACCCCAAGAUUGGCGGGGGUCAGACCAGGGUCUACAUCGCUGAUAUGACCAUCCGUGACUUGAAGUACAAAGACACGGGCACCUUCAUCUGCACCUAUAACGGAACGGUGGAUACGAGUUCCAUCGAUAACUCCUCCAGUGUCCAUUUGUACGUGGACGAUGGGAAGCACUUGAUGAAGAACUCGGGGAUGGACUUUCUGCAAGCCGUGCAGUACGAGACGCUCAUUUUGCCCUGUCAGCCUACACACCCCGAGGUGAAUGUGACGUUAAUCCGCGAAGGCAGUGGGACCGUCCAAAUGGACAAAUUUGUUUCGUUUGAUCCAAAGGUAGGGUUUCGAAUCUCGCCUGUGACUUUGGAACAACAUUCAGGGGCGUUCCGUUGUGAAGCCAAGUAUCGGGACCUCACCCAAAUCUACGCCAUCCAACUUCAAGUUCUAAUGGAGACUGCUUAUGUGCCUCCACCAUAUAUCAAUCGUACCUUGGCCAGACAGGUUCAGUUAGGCCACACUUUCACAUUGGUGUGCUCAGUCACGAUUGACACUGGAGUGAUGGUGGAACUAAGUUGGACCACCCCCAAUUCCAAAUCGAUGAGCACCAGACGGCUCAUUGUGCCCGACCAGAUUUCCAGGAACUUGUCCAUGGGGAACACUCAACUCAGAGUCAUAGAGAGGUCCUUGACAAUCCAUCAAGCUACGCUCGACGAUCAAGGGUCUUACGUAUGCGAAGUAACUGAUCAUUCCGAGAAUCGCCAAAGGAAGAGCGAAUUCGUCCGAAUCUUGGAGAAGGAAGAGCCUUUUCUCAGAACCUAUUAUGAGGGCUUUCAGACCAUCGAAAAGAUGGAGGAUGACAAGGACAUUGUGCGAUGGGUCCUACAAAUUGAAUCUCAUCCCAAGCCUGCAGUUGUCUGGUAUGCCCCAUCAGGCGAACUCAUUCCGGAUCCAAACUACCCUUCCAACGACCUGAUCGUGAGAAACUACUUGGAGACCAAGAACUCACACACGAUGCUGCAAAUAAACAAACUCUCUCUGGAAAACGCGGGAACCUACAGAGUCAGGGUGACUAAUGGCUACCGGGUAGAAGAAAAGAAAUUCACGCUUUUUCUUCGGGCAGCUCCUAAGGUCUCCGUGUCGAUUGAGGAGCAACAGAAAUUGUAUCAAAUCGGGCAUGAAUACACCGCGACUUGCACGGCUAAGGGCAGCCCUCCUCCGAAAAUCAAUUGGCUAUUUAAACCAUGUACGACCUUCACCACGUGUGACAAUAAGGGCACCAAGUCUUUGCCACCCGUUGAUGGGUAUGGCAAGUCGACAUUUUCGGAUAUUGGUCGAGAGUCUACGAUCAAGCUUAUAGCUCAUCGAUCUGGACAGAUCAUUUGUCAGGCCUGCAACGAAGUGAAUUGUCAGUACAAGUUCCUUCCAUUCUUCGUGACAGAUGUACCGAAAGGGUUUUCGGUCGAAGGGCCCAGGAAGGUCAUGGAAGGGGAUCAUAUCAAGCUACGGUGUUCGGCCUCGGUGUAUAAUUACACCCUCGGCUCGAUUCAGUGGCUUAAGCAUACGGUCAAUGGGGAUGAGACAAUGUCGUUUGAAGAGGACCAAGUGGACGACUUUGGCCAUUACAAGCUCAUUUCCACCUCAACCGAUUGGUCCUUUACCGAAGAACUCGUCUUCCCUAAUGUAUCGAUUAUGGAUCGGGGUCGGUAUAAGUGUCGCGUGAAACCAAAGUAUAAGAAUCCGAUGAAUGGUCCUCGUCCAAACUAUUUGUCUAGUCCAACUGCUUCUCGGCGCCAUAGCUACUUAAGCGACGAGGAUGCUAGCAACGGCUUGGACCUAUCAUACUACAACGACUUCCCAAGUUCCAGUGCUGAUGAUUCUGAUUCAAGUGAGUUGUCAAUGGAUCUGAGUGUGCUUCCUCUCAAACUACCAGUCAUUACACACUCUGACCUCAAGGGAGACCAAACAAUUGUCCUUCAAUCAGAUGAUGGCCUUAGGCUGCGCUGCUUGGUAGAUGGAAGGCCUAAACCCCAAGUCAGUUGGACCCUAAAUGGAAAACCUGUCAAUCUCACGACAAACACGUCUCGUGUGCAAUUGGAUGAGGGUGGUCAAGUGCUUCUGAUUAGCUAUUUCGCCGCCAAGGAUGAAGGUAUGUAUGAGUGCAGUGCCGAAAACAAGAUUGGCCAUGCCACAGCUCGUCAGAUUGUCGUCUUGCAAUCUACCACAGAAAAAGACGCUAUUUAUGCCAAUAUCUCAAUACCGGUCAUCAUUGCCGUGAUAAUUGCUUUAUUGCUCGUUGUCAUUCUCAUCAUCCUCGCGAAGUUAUGCUACCGGAAAAGGAAGCCAACUUGGAAAGAGCCACCCACUCCGCCCACGCCUCGACUGACGCAGUACGAAUUGCCUCAAAACGAAGAAGACGAGGAGUGCCGGAUGACGUUGACCUCGACCACGAGAGACGGGUCGAUAUCCCCUUACAAUCAUUACGGGUUCACUCGAGGUCCUCCCAGCAUAAUUAGCAACUCACAUUGCCAUUGCCAUUACGGCCCACCGUCAGUUUGUCCAUCACAAAUGGGAACCCUGCCUCAUGGGGCGUCAGCAGCCGCGGCCCUGGGAACCCUGGACCAUCAUAGCAGUCUCUUUCCCAAGUGCUCAAUUUGUGACUUCUCAGCUCAAACGCUUCCCAUGAAUCGGAUGAUGACACUUAGGAGAUACGAUCACAAUAACCCAAGGUCCCGAUCUCACUCUCCGGUCUCGCCGCGACUUAGUGCCGAGUUCUAAACCCUAGACCAAUUUGGAUGGUUGCAUUCCUAGGGAAUGAUGAUGGAAAUGGUCCUGAAGGACUGCAUCCGAAAACAGUUGACAGCAACCCAAACUAUGUUCGCUCAUCUGUUUUCACAGCCUGCCUUGGGUCGAAGAUUUGUGCAAUGAUGAGAGGCAAACCCUGAACGUGGGAAAAUAACCGAACAGUUUCAGAUUGGCAGCCCAUUAUUGGCACUUGUGCGACGCUUUUGCUAAGGCAAGUGUGUCAAACUCACAAAACAAGACGUCGAUGACGAUGAAAAAGACGGAGGAUUCUUCUCCAGCACCUCAUUGAAAUGAUAAGUGCAUUUACGCAAACACUUUCCAAACUGUGUGGUAUGUGCUGAGGCCUUUCAAAGUCACAGAGGCUGCCUAAUUUCAUACAAUAUUUGUAUUGUUUUCUACUUGUAUACUUGUAUAUAAACCUUGCAGAGAAAUAUAUCCGAAAUAACACAAUUGCA